AUGUCAAACAGCAAUGUCGAACAGGCAGAUAAUGCCUCCUCCAUCAGCGUCAAGCGUUCUCAAGUCCCUCCUGCCCCAAAAAUGGUUGUCGCGAAGGAUUUUGCCCGUGUUUAUGAGACACCUGCCGAAGGUACUUACCAAAGGAUCAUGUCUGCUUUUGGUGGGUUCUUUGGUUGUUUAGGUACCAUUCCUUGCUCUUGUUGCACCAACCCAUACAAAAACGUUGAUGCUGGGGAAGUUGGUCUUGUCACUCGUUUUGGUGCCCUCGCCCGUACCGUUGAACCAGGGUCCACUUAUGUAAACACCUGGGUCGAAAAAAUCUCUAAAGUUAGUAUUAGGGCACAAACCAUUCAAAUCCCAAGCCAGGAUUGUUUGACUAAGGACAAUGUCGGUGUUGAAAUCUCCUCGGUGUUGUACUUUUCUAUUGUCGACCCUCAAUUGGCCACUUUUGGUAUCGAAGAUGUCAACGCUUCAUUGGUUAAUCGUACCCAAACCACUCUUAGAGAUGUCAUUGGUGCCCGUAUUUUGCAGGACGUCAUUGAAAAGCGUGAAGAAAUCGCUGCCGCAAUUUCAGAAAAUAUCAGUCAUGUUGCCGAGGCUUGGGGUGUUCAUGUGGAAAGUAUCUUGAUCAAGGAUAUCCACUUGCCACCUGGGGUCAGUGCUUCUUUGAGCCGUGCUGCCGAAGCCACCAGAAUUGGGGAAUCCAAGAUCAUCAGCGCCAAAGCCGAAGUUGAAUCCGCCAAAUUAAUGAGAAAGGCCGCUGACAUUUUGGCCAGUGAUGCCGCCAUGCAAAUGAGAUAUCUCGAUGCUAUGCAAAGUAUGGCUAAGAGCUCCAAUAGUAAGGUCAUUUUCAUGCCUUCUAGUACCGCUGCCGGUGCAAAUAUGAUUGAGGCUAGCCCUAGUAACGGUGCUCAUUUUGGUUCUACGAAAGAGGAUCUUGACAGAGCCGUUAAAACAAUCGCUUUGGACGAAUCCUUAAAAAACUGA